GAGAAGUUACUUUAGAGACCUACAGUGUGUACGUACUUGAACACUAGGGAGGUUUCUCAAAAUGUGAUAAAGCUGCGACCAUGACCGAUGACGUCAAUGUCCGACUGUCAAUAGAGGCACACGAGGACACCUUGAUGCGUAACCUCGUGUUGUCCAAGUCUGUUCUGGACGCAAUGGUGCAAGAAAAGUUGCUUUCGCCGGCCAUGAUGGAUAUCAUAAAGUCCAAGAAAACAAAUGAAGAGCAACUGGCAAAGAUCCUGGAUAUUACUAAGCACUCUGGACCAAUAACAUUUAGGAAAUUUAUUCGUGUUUUGAAGGUGACGAUGCAUGGGUGGCUUGCGAGCCUUUUAGAAGAACACAGCCCAUCUGAAACAACCGCCGUGCAGCCCAAUACUGCCUUAGAACGGAAUUUACCUCAUGAUGUUGAAGAUGAGCUGGAAAAUUUUAAAGAUGAAAAAAUGAAAGUACUGCAGUUUUCCAAUCAGGAAAAUACUGAUGCUUCGCUACAACCGUCAAGAAUGGAACAGACGGCAGACAUUUUAACUCUACAACAUGGCGACCAAACCCCUGAUGACGUCAUACCCCCGGCAGACGACAGUCUUCAAUCUUUGAUGAUCUAUUUUGAAAACCAAAAGGCGGCCACGUCCUCAGUCCUCGCCUCUCUUAAGGAAGAGGAGAAAAUGAUAAAGCGCCUGCUGUCGAAGAAUCAACUCGACCAGCAACAGUACAAGUUCACGGAGUACACUCUCAAUGGAAUAUGUGAUAAGCUCAAACGAGUGCAAACAGACAGCAGCACCCUGAGCGGGCUAGACCUUCUGAAGAUGAACGAACGCUUAGAUCACAUUAAACAGCUUGCUCUACAGUAACAAGGAGUUUUUUAAGAUCCAACUUUGAAAUAUUUGUCUGUUUCCGUUAUAGCCCCAAAGGCAUCAGACUAUCAAAUCCAGAA